AAAAAAACAAAAACAGAAAUAAAAGCAGUGGGCAAGCUAUUGUUUGCCAGACUCCAUGUGGAGGCUUUGCAUGUGUUGUUUCCUUCAGUCCUCAGAGACUUUCUAGGAAGUGGAUGCUAUUACGAGACCAUCUACAGAUAAGCAGACGACUGGCUCCAAGACCUCAAGUGACUUGCUUAAGGUCACACAGCCUUGUGUUUUCAGCUCUUGAUAAUGGCACAUGUGGAGGGCAAGCUCUCUGUGUUGGGUGAAUGGAUGAACUUCAUGCCCCUUUCUCUCAGUGUUGCCCCGCUGCCCCAAGCCGUGUGUGUGGGAAGUCUCCCCUCACCCUCCUCUCCCCACCCCACCCCCAUUACAGCUUUGGGAGCCUGGGCACUCACACAACCACUUCUUCAUUAGCAAAGCAAGGUGGGAAAGCUCCUGGGUAGAGAAUUCUGAAAUUUCAACACAAGCUCACAGGGAACCCCGCUGGACCAAAUAGGACUGGGGAGCUGCUGCAGCUGCAUGGGGAGCUGGGAGUGAGCUGUGGCGUGGGGAGCGUUGGAACACGCCCCCGGCCCCUGGGCUGCCAUCUCAGCCGCACACAGUGGCGAGUGUCCUGCUCUGGAGUGGGUUGAUGUGCUCUGUUGCACUCCCCAUGGACCCUUGGCUGGAAUGGAUUCCUCAACGGGGCACCGUGAGGCUGGAGUGAGUUUGCCUGUGUUCCAGGAAAGUAGAACUCUCUUGGGGCUGAGACCUCUCUCUGGCUGGCCUCUGACAUCUUGUCCUUACUUGUGAGUGGGUGUUUAUAAGCCCAUGACAUCACGAGACUCGCUGAGUCAUUGCGAGCCCUAAGUAACCCAGCUUCCUAGCAGUGGGCAGCCCAACUGUUGGAACAUUCCAGUAAAUUUUGGCCUUGGCCUUCGAACACCAAGGGGGCACCAGCCCAGUCCUGCAUGAUGCCCCUAUGUCCCCUCACCUUGGCGAGCAAAUGGUUCCAGCUCUUCUUCAGGAUGAAGAAUAAGUUUGUAUUGAGCCAGCCACUACUGCCCAGUAGUGGGCACAAGUGGCACAUUGGGCACAAGUGGCAAAGCUGGUAGGGUUGUGGGAUUGAGCGAAGCUGUGUGACCUCCACAGGCCUGGGCUUGUGGCUUUGCCUUUGCCUCAUCUGCUUGCAGACUGGGCAUGGGCUGCUCCCUCUUCCCUGUGGUUGGGCAAGGUUGGGCUCGUGGGACAUGGUGUGCACAUGACCUAGCAUGGCCAUAAAAGCAAAGCAUGUUCAUGUUGGAGACCACCUGUGAUCUCUUCAUGCUCCUGCUGUCGGCAGAGGUAGGUAGCUUAAUGGUAAGAGCAUGAGUCUGGGGCCCAGCCACCUCUGUGUUUUGUGACUUUGGGGCAAGUCACAUAGCCUCUCUGUGGCCCACUUUCCCCAUUUGUAAAGUGAGGAUAGUUAACUGCUGAUACAACUGUUUGUAUUGUUAUUAUUUUGUAAAUAGAAGCACUAAGGGCUCAGAGAAAUGAAUUGAUUCAUCCAAGGCCACGUGGUCUGUUCGUGUCAGAUGCAGGACUAGAACCUGUGACCCAGCUCCCUGAAGGACAGAUGGGUGGGAGUGAUUGGCAGGUGCUUCAGGCUUCUGCUCCAGCCCAGUACUGUCUUCCCUAUCUCCCCUUAAGGUCAGUAAUUGCACCCAUCACAUCUAGCCCUGUUAUCUGGAAUCCUGGGAAUUUGCCCCACCUGGAGGGCAGAGACCCUGUAAUCCUUUAGGGCGGAGUGUGGCUACCAGGGGACGGACGUUCUGAGUGUGUCCUCUGUAUCCUGGGCUUGGGCCAGGCAUGGAUUCUUUAAUCUUUCCCUCCCUCUGGCUAGAGGCUUUUCUGAAAGCGAGGAGGAGAGCAGAUCUGGCUCCUGGGGUCAGGGAACGUGCGAAUGGCAUCCGGGUGGAGAGCUGCUGCCCAGGGUGUUGUGUGUUCAGGGCGUCAGCCUGUAAUGUUACCCUGGCCUUCAGGGGGUGGCAGCCCAUCCGCCAGCCCCAUAGAGAGGGCUUCUGCUACAUGGGCCUGCUUCCUUCUCCCUGAUGUGGGUGGCCCACCUGUCUUCCUACUGUGUGGCUUUGUGUGGCUCACAGCCUGUCAUUGUCGUGUGCAAUAUGUAACCCUGGGAAACACUUGACUAUAAAUUCCAAACUCCUUGCAAGGUAUUCAGGGCCUCCAAGAGUCUAGCCCCAACCUGUCUUUCUUCCAGCAAAUAUUUAUCGACCAUCUAAUGUUCCGGCCGCGCUCCUAAGUCUGGCGCCGCCUCUCUACCGAACACUGACUACCGCAUUCCCCGGCACACCAUCCCUUCCAGCCACCAGGUCCUCUUCUCCCAGCUCGAAUGGCCCCACUUCUGGCCGCCUGCUCUCCUGGGACGUGAUCUGGGACCUGAGUCCUUACACUCCUCCUGUGGCCUGUCCAAGGACAGACGCGAAUGCAGAGUUUGAAUCCGGAUCCCAAAGCCCAGUACACAAGUAUCUACGGAGCCCUCAGGAAAAUCAUGCAGACUGAAGGCUUCUGGAGGCCCCUGCGGGGCCUCAACGUGAUGAUGAUGGGCGCAGGGCCGGCCCACGCCUUGUAUUUUGCCUGCUAUGAAAACAUGAAAAGGACUUUAAAUGACGUUUUCAACCACCAAGGAAACAGCCACCUAGCCAACGGGAUAGCUGGGAGUAUGGCCACCCUGCUCCACGAUGCAGUAAUGAAUCCAGCAGAAGUUGUGAAGCAGCGCAUGCAGAUGUACAACUCGCAGCACCGGUCAGCCCUCAGCUGCGUCCGGACGGUGUGGAGGACCGAGGGGUUGGGGGCCUUCUACCGGAGUUACACCACGCAGCUGACCAUGAACAUUCCCUUCCAGUCCAUCCAUUUCAUCACCUAUGAGUUUCUGCAGGAGCAGGUCAACCCUCACCGGGGCUACAACCCACAGUCCCACAUCAUCUCGGGCGGGCUGGCUGGGGCCUUGGCCGCAGCCGCCACCACCCCGCUGGACGUCUGUAAGACCCUCCUCAACACGCAGGAGAACAUGGCGCUCUCCUUGGCCAACAUCAGUGGCCGGCUGUCAGGCAUGGCCAACGCCUUCCGGACGGUGUACCGGCUCAACGGCCUGGCCGGCUACUUCAAGGGCAUCCAGGCCCGGGUCAUCUACCAGAUCCCCUCCACGGCCAUCUCCUGGUCUGUCUACGAGUUCUUCAAGUACAUCCUCACGAAGCACCAGCUGGACAGUCGAACUCCAUACUAACGGGCCGGGCUGUGGGAGGUGAUUCCAGAAUCUUUUACUCUCCAAAGGCUUCGCCUGCAUGCUUCCGUUCCCUCCCCUCACACCCAGAUCCUUUGUGCAGGUGCUCCCCGCCCCGUGGGCCUUCCGAGCUCCCUGAUGCCUUAGAGAGCGGGGAGGCCGGGGCAGCCGCUGACCGGGAGGCCGUCCGCAGGGCCAUCGGAGGCGGCGGUGGUGGAGGGCCGGCAGGAUUGUGGAAGGGGAGUGAGGAGUGGCUUUUUCUCUUCCUCCCCGACAGAAAGUGUAGCUUUGCUGCUUCACUGUGGCAGUCUCCUUCCUGCACCCUUAGAUCACGCAGGAGGGGAGAAGAUGCACAGUGACUAAAAUCAUUAAAGAAAACAGAAGUUUUUAUGUAUAUAAAAGUUCCAUUACACAGUCUAAAAUAGAUGGAUAAUGUUUAUCCUUUAUUUUUCUACGUAGGAGAUUUUGAAUUUGUGUGUGUGCUUGUGAGUGGCUACGGCUAGUGUUGCAGCUGGGACUAGCGAGCUGUUGGUGAAACUCGCAGGGCUGAAUGCGUCUGCCGGGUUGCAUACCUAAAAGGGCACCGACGUAAGAAAUCGGUGACCGCGGCCUGAAGUUGUGUUCAGCCCCCUCCUGAUGGAAAUUUCACUUGAAUGUAAAAUAAUAAAUAAGUUUAUAUUUUGGA